GGAGCGGUUAAUUUAAGUCUGUCUGGUGGUGGUCGCUUGAGGACGAAGAGUGCGCACGUUAAGCGAAUAUACUCUGCUAGUUGUUGGCGCAGGUUAAGCCCACAGUAGAAUUAUAUUUCAAAGACAGAAGAAAGCCAAGCAGAAGAGGAAUCAAAGCAAAAUAACCCUAUACUUCGAGAGACAAAGAGACGAAUCGUCGUUCAAUGAUCGAUGUCGAAAGUGAAGCAUCUGCUGAGAAAGCUCCACAUCGGCGGUGGAUUCAAUGAGCACCAGAGAUUGCCCGAAGCCGCCCGACCCGUGAUCGGCCCCAGGCAACGUCAAAGCCCUAGCCCUAGCCCUAACCCUAGUCCAACAGCGGCAUCGUCCGCCUCAUCGUCGGGAUCGGGGACAAUGGGGGGAACUGCUACUGUUGAUUCGUUGAGGGCCGAUCGGCAGGCUGGGGCCGGGAUGGAUUUUAAUUUUUUGGAGGAGGAGUUCCAGGUCCAGUUGGCUCUCGCGAUCAGUGCCUCGGAUCCCGAUACGCGCCAGGAUCCAGAGACAGCUCAGAUCGAUGCUGCCAAGCGGAUUAGUCUAGGCUGCUCCCCUUCCGAUACCGACACCAACGCCCUAGUCGAGUUCCUUUCGCUUCGGUACUGGAGCUAUAAGGUUAUAAAUUAUGAUGAAAAAGUUGUGGAUGGAUUUUAUGAUGUUUAUGGAAUUACCUCACAUUCAAUCUCACAAGGGAAAAUGCCAUCAUUGGUGGAUAUUCAAGCAGCAUCAAUUUCAGAUAGUGUUGAUUAUGAAGUGAUUUUGGUGAAUCGCUUGGUUGACCAUGAACUUCAGGAGCUUGAGAAGAAAGCAUUUUCUGUUUCUUUGGAGUCUCGAGUUUUUGAACAUCGUUUGGUUUCUUGUGGCUUGAUCCAGAAAAUUGCAGAUAUAGUUGUCGAUAAAAUGGGUGGUCCAGUUGCAGAUGCUGAUGAAAUGUUGAGAAGGUGGACCUUGAGAAGUUACGAACUGAGAAAUUCUCUAAAUACCAUUAUUCUGCCACUUGGCCUCCUAGAUGUUGGCCUUUCACGGCACAGGGCCUUGCUUUUUAAGGUACUAGCUGAUAGAAUUAAUCUUCCAUGUAUGUUGGUCAAAGGAAGCUACUAUACUGGCACUGAUGAUGGAGCCGUGAAUCUGAUUAAAAUUGACAAUGGAAGUGAAUAUAUUCUUGAUCUGAUGGGUGCUCCGGGAACGCUAAUUCCUGCUGAGGUGCCUAGCAGUCAGCUUUCAAAUGCUGGCCUAGGUCUACGGGGCUUUGCAGGUUACUUGGACACCUCCCUAGGUCCAAGUGAGGGUCUUGAUAAUCGAAUUGGAACUUCAACAGUUUCAUCUUCUUUCAAUAAGGAUACUGAUACCAGUACCUCAAAAAUGGAUGGAAUGCAUGACGAAAGUUAUACAAGCCAGGCUGAAAAAAACACUGGUGAAAAGAAUCAAACUGAGGUUGUUGAUCAUGAUGCUGGGAAAUUAAUUCCAUCAUUAAGUAGAUCAGGUGAAACUUGUUCAUGGGUUCCUGGAAAGACAUCAAGUGCACAGAGAAGUGCACAAAAGAUGAAGGUGAAAAACGUUUCUAAAUAUGUCAUAAGUGCUGCUAAGGACCCUGAAUUUGCACAGAAACUACAUGCUGUUUUGUUAGAGAGUGGUGCAUCUCCUCCACCAGAUCUAUUUGUGGAUAUUAAUUCACAGGAUUUUGGUGAACAGAAUCUACUCGAACGAGUUCGCCAAGCAGAUAGGAGUUACAUAGAUGGCAGAUUUGAUUAUGAUUCAAAUAAGACAACUGAACGGGUAGACGAACAUCAAAGAAAAUUAGAGACAAAUAUCAUAAGAUCUCAUGUCUCUUCACCUUCUCGCACCAAAAGUGAGGAGUUUUUGUUUGUGGGAAACAUAGUUGAUGAAAGAAUUCGGACUGAAGGAACUGGUCUAGUUGACUGCUGCCAACAGCACUUCAAAAAUGCCUCUGUUACUGAUGAUAAAUCACUAGGAAGGAUUUCUGAUAACAAUGAUUCAGGUAAAGGAUCUGAUUGGGAAGCAAUGGAAAUUGCCAAUUGCAGUCAGAGUAUCAUUUCAAAUGGUAACAGUGAGAGUAUUAAUCCUGUGUUGAGAGGGGUUGCAGAAUGGGAAAUCCCUUGGGAUGAUCUUCAGCUUGGUGAACGGAUUGGUAUUGGUUCAUAUGGAGAGGUAUACCGAGCAGAAUGGAAUGGCACUGAAGUUGCUGUUAAGAAGUUUCUAGACCAAGAUUUCUCUGGAGAUGCACUGGUUCAGUUUAAAUCUGAAGUUGAAAUAAUGUUGAGGUUGAGACACCCAAAUGUUGUUCUUUUCAUGGGAGCAGUUACUCGGCCUCCACAUUUCUCUAUCCUGACGGAGUUCCUGCCCAGGGGGAGUUUAUACAAGUUACUGCAUCGUCCCAAUCCUCAGCUUGACGAAAAGAGACGAAUGCGGAUGGCCCUUGAUGUGGCCAAGGGAAUGAACUGCUUACACACAAGUCAUCCACCCAUUGUGCAUCGGGAUCUGAAAUCGCCAAACCUUCUUGUUGAUAAAAAUUGGGUUGUAAAGGUUUGCGAUUUUGGGUUAUCACGCAUGAAGCAUCAUACUUUUCUUUCUUCAAAAUCUACUGCUGGAACGGUUAGUCCAUCUGAAACUCCUCCAAGAUUUCUUUGUCCUGCAUUUUCUGUUUAA